AUGAGACUGCAUCUCUUCGUUCCCUUCCUUCUGCCUGUGCUCGGCACCGCACUUCUGUUGCAAGCGCUCAAAGAGAUACCUCGCGCUUUGCUCACCAAAUUCACCCUUUUCUCUCAAUACUCCGCUGCCUCAACCUGCAGGGGUAAUCAUAACUCUACUUCCGUUGGAAGUCCGGUGUAUUGCGGAGUGGAAUCCUGUCCGCUUAUUAGCGCUGCAGAUACCGAGAUACUCUUCGGAUUCUCAAACAUUGACCCCGGCGACACAGCUGGCUACCUUGCGGCCGAUCACACGAAUGGCCUUCUGAUAAUCUCCUUCCGCCACACCAUGACUAUGGCAAACGUCAUUACCGACUGGACAAUCUCUCAGGUCGACGCAUCCGCCGCGUGUUCCGGAUGUCUAGCACAUAAAGGGUACUGGUCUGCUGCCGUGGCUGUCGGACAAGUUCUGAAGCGGCCUAUAAGGCAUGCAAAGGCCAGAUACCCCGACUACGGACUGGCCGUGACCGGACAUAGCCUGGGAGGCGCACUUGCCACGCUCUAUGCGGUCUCUCUGAGGAACGAGGGAUACAAUGCGGAUUUUUAUACAUUCGGUGCACCCUCGAUUGGAAACUACGUCUUUGCCGAAUUCAUCACAAACAUGUCGGACAGUGACAGAGGCAGGAACUACCGCAUUACACAUCUGAAUGACGAAGUGCCGAAGGUGCUGUACCGUACAUCAAGGGCACCGGCCCUAAACCUGGUGGUGGCAGAGUACAGCCAGUCCGGGCCGGAGUACUGGAUCACGUCUGCCUUUGAAGAGCCCGUUACGACUGCGGAUAUUCAGGUCCUCGAGGGGGUUAAUAAUGAGGGAGGGAAUCUGGGGAGAGAACUGGGGAGCCUAAGGGAUCAUUUGUGGUAUUUCGGGCCUACAUCUUUCUGUCUUAUGCCCUGA